AUGACAUGGAUCUGCACCGGUCUUGUUCUUGUGGUUCAGGCUGGGGGUAUUUCCAGUGUUGCCACUGCCUCGGGGGCUCUGGGCCUGCUUGAGCUUGUCUUGAUGCUCGUCUACUGGCCGAUGCUUGUGUUCUUCCUUGUUUACUUUCUCGGUCACAGAUGGCACUCGCAGAAGUACUGGUUUGACAAGCUAUGCGUACAUCAGACAGACCUCCAGAUGAAAAACCAAGCAAUAGACUCCCUGCCGCACUUUGUCAUCAACUCACGGAAGCUGCUUGAGAGACUCUGGUGCAGCUAUGAAAUGGCAAUUUUUUCCAAGAGCUCCAACGAUCCCAGCGCUAUCACCUUUGUCCCGAUGUGGCUCCCAGUAUGGACACUCUCUGCUUUAUUAAUCGACCUCUUCGGUGUAAUCUGCAUCCCUUCUGCAGAGGACCUUGCCACCAUGCUAAGCCGGCAUGUUGAGGCGCAGUACGGUCCUAACUCAAGGAGCACGAUUUUCCUCACAACUUUUGUAACUUGGUUUUGCCCGCUUGGGAGCUAUCUCCUCUUGACUGUGCCGAUCAUCCUCUGUAAUCUGCAGAAGAUUCAGCUGCACCGGCAGAUGCUCAAACAGAUGGCCGAAUAUGACCUACGGAGUGCCAGGUGCUCCUUAGAAAGUGACCGCGCAGCUAUUGAGGAGCAGGUGCUGGAUCUUUUCGAUGAGGCACUGGAGCCGCCACUGCAUGUUGCCAUUGAGGCGAUUGAUGAGUCCUCUGCUUCAAACUUAAGCUAUCCGCUCGUUCCGGUCAUUGAUCGGGAAACCUUGAACGAAAUCCGUCCUUUGACAAGUUACCCAAGCCACGAGGAGGUCUUUGACGUUUAUCAUUCAUACGUCCGUGGGCCUUUGCGUGAUAGCCUCCUGGAGAACAUCGGCUCAGAGAUUGAUGUGUCCCUGAGUUUGUGCAUGAUCACGUUCCUCCCUCUCAUCUUCCUGUCGCUUGCGAGCAUUCUUGGCUGCGAUGGAGAUGAGUGCACAAGGUCUGCUGCAAGGCAAGGCUACGGCUCAGUGGAGCAGUACAUGAUGACGAACACCAUUUCCUGGGUGGUGGCGCAGGUGUUAUGCAUUCCAACCGUCCAUCCACUGCUCUUACGAGCGCUGAAGCUCAUCAUACCGUAUGCCAAGACGAAGGCAGUGCAGACAAUAAUGGGACUUCUGUGUGCGGUCCUGGUACACAUAUUCGUAUUUACCUGCCUUGGGAUUGUUGAAGCACUGCUGACAGUGGCAGUCACAACGUCCUGCCUGUGGAGUCUAUCAGGCUUUUCAAUUGCUGUGCUGCUCCUUUUGAUUCAGUCCUGGUUCCUUUUCUUUCGUCGUCCGCGCAAGCCUGACUUCAGGAGUCUAAGCCGCUGA